AUGAGCCCGUGCGACGAACAAGAGCCGAUCGCCAUCAUUGGCACAGCCUGCCUCCUGCCUGGAGAGGCAACAUCAGUGGGGAGACUAUGGGACAUGAUUAGCCAUGGCAGAAGUGCCCAUGGAAAGGUGCCAUCUUCGCGGUGGGACGCAGAUUUGUGGUAUCAUCCCGACCCUGACCGUAAAGGAUCUAUUAGUGUGAAGCACGGGUACUUCCUGGAGCAAGAUGUUUCCGUCUUUGAUGCGCCAUUCUUCUCCAUGACUGCCAAGGAGGCAGCUGGAAUGGAUCCAACGAAGAGAUUGUUGCUGGAAGUCAGUUACGAAGGAUUCGAAAAUGCGGGGAUUGCAGUGGGCGAUCUGACGAAUUCUCAGACGGGAGUCUACGUUGGCUGUAUGACGAGCGAUUACGAACAACUUUCAACUCACGACAUUCACGACGUCGGAGAUGUCGCGGCAUCUGGAAUGAGUCAAGCGAUGACCGCAAACCGGGUUUCUUGGUUUUUUGGACUUCGUGGGCCUAGCCUCACCCUUGACACAGCCUGCUCAUCGAGCUUAUACGCACUGCACUUGGCUUGCCAGUCACUUAAGCUGGGCGAAACCAACAUGGGUCUGGCCGCUUUCGUCAACUUGAUCUUGCAUCCGAAUUUCAUGCAUCAACUGUCCUCAAUGCACAUGCUCAGUCCCGAGGGCAUCUCACACUCUUUUGACCACAGAGCCAAUGGUUAUGGGCGAGGUGAGGGGAUCGCAUGUAUAGUCGUCAAAAGAUUGAAGGAUGCAUUACGCGACGGAGAUACCAUUCGAGCCGUCAUUCGUGGUACCGGGACCAACGCAGAUGGCAAGACGCCAGGAAUAACACAACCUAGCGCUGAAGCACAGGCCGAACUUAUCCGGAGUACCUACGAGAAGGCCGAGCUCUUGUUCUCGGAUACGCAGUAUUUCGAAGCUCAUGGCACGGGCACACCACUGGGUCUAAAACUAAUCUCACAACAGGACCCCAUUGAACUGUCAGUAAUCGGCGCAACGCUUGGCUCCGGUCGCUCGCCAGAGUCUGGCCCCCUCUACGUCGGCAGCAUUGAGGCCAAUGUGGGACACACUGAAGGCUGCUCGGGCCUUGCUGGUCUUCUAAAGUCGGUCCUAUGCUUGGAGAAGGGGAUGCUCGUUCCAACAGCCGGUAUCGAGACAGUGAACCCGAAGUUGAAGCUGGCUGAGUGGAAUCUGGCUUUGCCUUUAGAGAACAUGGCGUGGCCUUCGCAGGGCCAGCGACGUAUCAGCGUCAACUCCUUCGGUUUCGGAGGUGCAAACGCCCACGUUAUUCUGGACGAUGCACAUAACUACCUGAGAAACCGGGGCCUCCAAGGAAACAACACUACGAGCACUUUUGAAGACGACUCCUCUGAAUCAGGCAUAAGCAUGGGUUCCGACUCACCUCGUCAAGAAAACUACAAGCGACUCUUCGCUUUCAGCACACGAGACCAGGCUGCGGUAGAGCGACUGGCUCAAUCGUACGGGGAUUUCCUAUCGAAUAAGGAAGCAACUUCGAGUUCGAGGUUUUUAUCCGACCUUGCCUACACAUUAUCGGAGCGGCGGACUCAUCUCAAAUUUCGCAGUUUCGCUGUGGCAGAGUCUGUCCUAGAUCUGCAGAUCCAGCUCAACAAAGGCCUCACGAAGUCGAAAAGAGCUUCAAAACACGACAACCCAAUCUUUGUGUUCACCGGUCAAGGAGCACGGUGGCCCGCGAUGGGCAAAGAGCUACUCAACAACUGCAUAUUCCGGACAAGCAUUCAUCGGUCGCAAGUCCUUCUUGAACAAUAUGGUUGCCCAUGGGAUUUGAUAGACGAGUUAUCUCGGACCAUCGAAUCAAACGUUGACCUCCCUCAUGGUGAAAUCAGCGCUGCAUAUGCUGCUGGACUUCUAUCCCGUUGCAAUGCGGUAAAAAUUGCAUAUCUUCGAGGAAUCUGCUCAGCAAAGGUGGCCAACAAUGUUGCUCCUCGAUUAGGUGUAAUGGCAGCUGCUGGAAUAUCCGAAGAAGAGGCUUCCAAGUACAUCAAACAAGUACCAUCCGGUUCUGCGGUGAUAGCUUGUUUCAAUAGCCCUUCAAGCGUAACCUUGUCAGGCGACCAAGACGCUGUCACGAAGUUGUGCAACGUUAUUUCCGCCGAUGAAAAGUUUGCAAGACUGCUCCGCGUCAAGACGGCCUACCACUCACCUCACAUGGCAACAGUCGCCCAAGAGUACCUUGGUAAAAUGGGCAGCAUCGUCCCUCUGGCUAGAGCUGAACAACUUUGCCCAAUGUUCUCAUCACUUACAGGGGGUACGGUCACCUCCAAGGACCUCGAUGCAUCGUACUGGAUGAAGAACAUGUGCGAGCAGGUUCGAUUCUCACCAGCGAUGACUGCUUUGCUAGACCACGCGCCAGAGACUACACAGGGCCGGGGUCGUAAUCGAGUUCAGUGGAGCGCUUUCAUCGAGGUCGGCCCUCAUGGAGCUUUACAGAGCCCAGUAUCCGAAAUCGUCAAGACAAGCCAGAGCAACGCCGCAAAAGAGGCACCCUACUUCUCCGCCAUCGUACGUAACAAGGAUGCAGAGAUGACGGCACUACAGCUUGCUGGUCAGCUUUGGAGUUCGGGCCACAGCAUAAACCUUUUGCGCGUUAAUUGCAUCUACCCAGAGUCUUUGCCACUCUCAUUGACCGACUUGCCGUCAUAUCCCUGGAAUCAUACCAAGAGUUACUGGCAUGAGUCGUCAGUGGCCCGAUCAGCCAGAUUUCCAGGUGGCCCUCGAACCGAUCUACUAGGGGUGCCGGUCGUCCUGCAAAAUCCAAUGGAGCCCCGCUGGCGCAAUUAUCUCCGCCCUUCUGAGAACCCAUGGAUCGAAGAUCACAAGAUUACCGGUACCGUACUUUACCCUGCGGCUGGAAUGAUUGUGAUGGCCUUGGAAGCUGCACUUCAAUUGCAGGACACCUCGAGGAAACUAAAGGGCAUCGGAUUUCAGAACCUUAAAUUUGAGCGUGGACUCGUCGUGCCUUUCAGGGAGGAAGGUGUGCAGACGAAAAUUAGCCUCAGACCCGACGAAGCACGUCCGUCUACGUGGAAGUUUGCUGUCUACUCUAUGCCCUCUAAAGGCUCGUGGACUAAGCACUGCCAUGGAACCGUGGGCUUAGAGUACGAAGACGCAAAGGAGAUUGCUUCAGCUCCCUCUGAAGAGGAAUGGAGAGGGAUGACUGGCAAUUAUAACAGCAUCAAGCUCAAUGCCGUGGAAGAGAUCGAAAUGGACUGCUUCUUUGACCAUCUCAAGUCUGUUGGCGUGGAGUACGGGCCAACUUUCAGAAAUGUGUUUGAAGCAGGUGUAGUCACCGGCGAGCACUGCGCCCACGGAUCUAUCAGCAUCCCAGAUACCAAGUCUUCCAUGCCUUUCGACUUCGAAAACCCCCAUCUAAUCCACCCGGCAACUAUGGACGCUAUUUUCCACCUUCUCUUCAUUGCCUUUUCAGAUGGAAGGCCACUACAGGAUGCUGCAGUGCCCUACACAUUGAAGCACAUGUACGUUGCUGCAGAUCUACCCCAAGGCGAGGGUGGUAGGUACAGCGGUUACGCCAAACGUCUUCGAUCCAAUGGUCGUGAAACGUCUGGUGAUUUGAUCGUGUCCGAUGGGCUCUGGAGCAGUCCCAAGUUGGUUGUCCGCGACUUUGCGUUGAGAAAAGUGAAAUCUUCACAAGAUUCUUCUUCCAGCGGUAGGGCUGCGCGAAAGGUGUGUGCAAAGCUGAGAUGGAAGGAGGACAUCGAUCUCAUACGCUCCCCUGCAUCUCUUCUUGACUUAGAGCGGGACUCUAGUGACCACGAGGAGCUUUCCGUCGAAGAGAAAGUCCUCAAGGCUCUAGCGGGACUGUUAGACAGGUUGCACCAUAAGAGGCCAGGCUACAAAAAGCUUGUCGUCAUGCACGAUGCGUCGGAUGGCUCUCAUCUCUUCUUGGAAGCGCUACUCAACCUUUCCAGGAGAGCUUCAGGCAGAAAAGAGAAAAAGGUUCAAGUCGUUACGACCUCGGAGACAGCUGCACAUCUGGCCCAACAAUUGUCUUCAACCCAGAAUUAUCAGGUGGACACUCGGAGUUGGAAACCAAUGUCUCAAGAUGCAGCCCCAUUCUCGGAUGAAUCAUUUGACUUGAUCGUCAGCAUAAGGCCAACUCAACACCAAGACACCUCCUGGGACCACUCGACGCUAUCUGCACUGCGGGGCUUCAUACGAUCUACAGGGCUUCUCUGCUUGGUGGGUGUGGAUGACCACACCUCAGUACUGGGUCAAGAUGUUGAGCCGGAUCUCAACGCAUCAAGUAGACGUCUUGUCGACACUUUGACCGAGAAGCUGACAUCGCUCAAUCGGGAGGUCACCUUAGCAUCGUUAUCGUUGUCGGACGUUGAUCGAUUGAAAGGAAAAUGCAUCAUUUCCCUGCUAGAGGUCGAGUCUCCCCUAGUAUAUAACUGGAACGAUGAAGAUUUUGAACACUUCAAGCGUCUCGUUUCCAACGCCUCCCAAAUACUGUGGAUCACGCGUGGUGGUCUCAUAGAGAAUUGGAAGGAUGGGCUAGAGUUCGCGCCAACCCAAGGUCUACUACGGGUUAUGCGCACAGAAUAUUCCCAAGUCAAGUUGCCACAUCUUGAUCUGUCUAGAGCCACUAGCCUGACUCUGCAUAAGGAGGUUAUGGUCAACUUGAAAUGGAAUAUGCCGAAUCCGAUGGUGGGGUGUUCGUGCCGAGAAAGGAACCUUGAGCUAGUGAAAGGGACUUUGGGCAGCAAGAGAAAUUUGAUGCUGGCCCGAGAAGACAGAAAAGUCGUUUGGGUGGAUAGGUCGGAGAUGUUUCCGACUCUUCUGGACGGGGAUGUUGAGAUCACAGUUGAACAUGCGCUUGUGCAAAUCACGCCGAUGUCCGAAAAUAUUUCCGACACUCUAGCUUCCUCUGCGAUCAUUGGAACAAUAUCCGCGACAUCAUCUCUGGAGGUGACUACGAAAGUUGGACAACGAGUCAUCGCGCUUCAUUCGGAGCCCUGCAGCACCACGGUCCACGUCCCCGGGUCGUUUCUCCGACCAAUAUCGUCAACUUCAUCGCCCGAAGAAACUUUGACAACAUUUUCGUCAUUGUUCUCCGCGGCGUUUGCUCUGAUCGAGACCGCGAGACUCGAAAGCGGCCAGACCAUUCUCAUUCGUGGGGGCGACUCGCCGAUAGGCAGAGCAGCGAUCCGGCGAGCACAGCUGGCUAAAGCUGGCUAA